AGGAGGCCAGGCCAGGUCCUGUAGCCCCAGGGAACCCGGAGACCCAGCCAGACGCUCGAGUGUUCGUGGCAGGGAGAAUUUCCUUCACAUGCCGGGCCCUCUGCCGACCCCGGCUCCUCGAGGACUCCCCUCGGGCAUGGACAAGCAGGCUUCAGCAGAGCUGGAAGCUGGCUCCUCCAAGAAAAUUCAAAGCAUGCUCUGGGGCAAGGGAGGGAGCAGGUCCAGCAACCCGGGAGCUCCUCCUCCUCCUGCUGCUGCUGCUGCUGCUGCUGCCACUCCUGCUGCUGCAGGGGCCCUACCCAGGGCCACUCCUUCUAAGAAGAAGGCCAUCCAGGAGAAGAAAUCCCUGGGGGGUGGCUCAAAAGUUAGCCUGGGCAGGGCCUUCCCUUCAUGGGGGCAGAGACUCAAGGCAGCUCCCCUGGAACCAGCCACAUUCCCCCCAAUCUCAGGAGUUCCACUGCUUGGGAGGUCCAAGAGGUAUUCCUUGCUGCCUCUGGGGCCCAAACAGUCCAAGCACAGUGGCAUUGGGAAGAGAUCUAUGGCUAAGAAGACACGGGAGUCCCAGCCUGUUGCCAGGGAAGAUAAUGACCCAAAUAGAGAUGCAGACCCACAGGCCCAACUUCCAACACAGAGGCCAGGGUCGCCUGGUCUGGGCAUGCAUCUUGGAGAAUUUGGUAGUGGUGACCCCAGCACCAACAACCCCCAAUCUUCAGGAAGCUCCCAGCUUUUGGACCUGAGCCCGGGGGACCUCACUCCAAGAGGCCCUGCCACCUCUGGUGAGUCUUAUGGGUUUGAUAGCAGGGGAGAUGGGUGUGGGAGGAAAAACUGGCUCUGUCACUUGCUGCCAGGCUUCCCUGCCUUUCAGCAGAACAAGGCCUUCCCUGUUGGGUCCUGUUCAGCCACAUGGCUCCUACCAGGGGCUGGCUGUGACUGCAGCUCUGCUAGUGUCCAACCCAGAGCCACAGUGCUUAGGGGUCCACAGUGGCAGCUGGGGCUGACACUGGGCAGCAGGGAAGUCAGGCCCAAAGAGAGGGGUGGAGCUGUGGGGCAGAGCAGGUGCAACUUGCUGCCUCACUUUAGACCCAGCCGGGCCCUUUCCACUUCACACCUUGGCUGGGGAGCUGGAUUUUGUGUUCUCUUUCAGGUGACCAGGAACCAGCCAUUCGUCACCCAUUUCCAGAAAGGCAGCAGCAACCACCUGGAGCACAGGGCUGUCCCCGGUGUGUGGUGCUACAGAAAGAAAGAGAUGACCUCAAAGAGCAACUAGCGGUCAUGCAGUCCCUUGCUGAUAAGUUCCAAGCCCUUUGAAGUUGAACCCAGCAUCUUCGGACAAGGCGAGCAGAGCCUGUGCCUUCUCUACAAGACUGUGGAGCCCAGGAGCAGCAGCCAACCUGGUUCCCUCUGAUUUUUCUCCAGCCAGGGCUUCUUCUCUGCCCUUACCCACUCUAGU